GAGAUUAUUAGAAGAAACAACUACAGUUUUUGUUCACAUAUUUUAUAAUAUACCGAUUGUAUAUGUCAACAACACAAGGAUUUAUUAAAACCGUUAUGGUUUUGCUGGAAAGUACUACUGGUUCUGGUCAUUGUAUCAUUGGUUUUCGACCAAGAUUAGCUAGUAAUCGUAAAGAAAAGGUGGCAUUUGAUCCGCUUGUUCAACAAAAUGUUCUAUAUCGUGAAGUACGCAAAAUUCGUUCUUUGAAAAAAGCAGAACACUAAUUUACCUGUAUACAUCUGUUUUUUGUGUAUGGGUUUUUAUUCCAUUUAGCUGUGUGAGAAUCAAUUAGUAAAUAAAAUUUCCUUGAUCCACAGACUCCUACUUUUACCUAUCUUUGUGAGCAUAUACGUGUAUGUGUGCAUGCGUCCGUACGUCUGUAGGUGUAUGCAUGUGUGAUAAUAAUUAUUAUUACAUUGUUAUUAUUCCCUUGGGUUCCGAGUAGAACAUAGGGCUUGAACAACACAUCUCCACUUCUAUUUUCAGCCAUGCUAUUCAGCUGGGUCGACGAUUGUCCAUAAUUUCUCAUCUCCUCCUC